CUCUUCCGCCUUCUGAAGUUGGGACUGCAUGAGAAGCUAUGAGGAGCGCCGUGCUCCUCCUGAGCCUACUUCUGACAGCAGCUCCGUUUGGCCUUCUGGGGGAGGAGACCCGCCAGGUGUCUCUGAAGGUCAUCUCUGACUGUCUGGACCCUUCCCAGAACCUGCUUCAUAUCCGGGCAGUGGGUGCCACUUCCACCCUGCACUAUGUGUGGAGCAGCCUGGGACCCCCAGCCGUGCUGCUGGUGGCCACUAACACCCCCAACAGCACCCUGAGUGUCAACUGGACCCUCCUGAUUUCCUCUGAGCCUGACGGGGGUCUCAUGGUGCUCCCCAAGGAGAGCAUCCAGUUUUCUUCUGCCAUCGUCUUUACCAGGCUGUUUGAGUUUGACAGCACCGACACAUCCGAUGCAGCCGCAAAGCCUCCAGGAAAAUCAUAUCCCCCAUACUCCUUGGCCGAUUUCUCCUGGGACAACAUCACUGACUCAUUGGAUCCUGCCACCCUGAGUGCCACAUUUCGAGGCCACCCCAUUCACGACCCCACUGGGGCUUUUGCCAGUGGCAGCCUGGCCUUCAGGGUUCAGGCCUUCUCCGGAUCUGGCCGACCGGCCCAACCCCCUCGCCUCCUGCACACAGCGGACACCUGCCAGCUAGAGGUGGACCUGGUUGGGGCCUCUCCCCGGGGAAACCACUCCUUGUUUGGGCUGGAGGUAGCCACGUCGGGCCAUGGCCCUGACUGCCCCUCAGUGCAGGAGCAGCACUCCAUCGAUGAUGAAUAUGCACCUGCCGUCUUCCAGUUGGACCAGCUGCUAUGGGGCUCCCUCCCAUCAGGCUUCAUGCAGUGGCGACCAGUGGCUUUCUCUCAGAAGCAGGGGGGCCGGGAAUCAGCCAUGCCCUGCCAAGCUUCCCCUCUUUACCCCACCUUGGCAUACCUUCUCCCCCAGUCACCCAUUGUCCGAGCCUUCUUUGGGUCCCAGAACAACUUCUGUGCCUUCAAUCUGACAUUUGGGACUUCCACAGGCCCUGGCUACUGGGACAAACACUACCUCAGCUGGUCCAUGCUCCUGGGUGUGGGCACCCCUCCAGUAGAUGCCUUGUCCUCGCUAGUCCUAGGCAUCAUGGCAGUGGCCCUGGGUGCUCCAGCGCUCAUGCUGCUGGCAGGAGGCGUGUUUCUGCUGCUGGGCCACAAGCGGUACUCAGAAUAUCAGCCUAUAAACUGAGGCCUGCUCUCUAGAGGGAAGGACAUUACUGGAACUGCCUUGCUGGUCUGCAGGUUUGAGGGUCAGUAUUCCUAGCCAGCUGCUCCCUUUUCGCAUCUUGCUUUUCUGCAGAACCUCAGAGACCAGCCUCAACUUCCUGCGGACCCAGGUGGGGCUUCCUUCAAACUUUGAGGAGGGACCAGGGACAGAGUGAUUGCUAGAGGGAGGGUCCCCUCCUCGUUGCCUCCCCGCCCCUCCACCCCCCCAUUUCCCUUGAAUGGGACUCACAGGCCUAAAUGAGAGGCCUUCUGACUUGUCUGCUACCCUGGAGGGCAUGAAAUAGACUAAGUUUUUCCCCAGG